UAUGCAUGUGAUCAGCGGGUUGAUUGUGAUUGUUACAGUAAUGCACACGUGCUAUCACAGUUGUUUCGUUAUGGUUAUUAGUUAAUUAGGGUCAAACUUCACAAAAGUAUAACAAAUUUGUUCGGAAAUAUCAAUCAAUUUUAUACCAAAGAUAAAAAUAUGAGUGAAAAAAAACCUAAAAUAGUGGUAUUCGACUUAGAUUACACACUUUGGCCAUUUUGGGUAGACACACAUGUGACACCACCAUUUAAGAAAGAUUCGAACAAAAAAAUUGUCGACGCGCAUAACCACGUAAUACGGUAUUAUCCCGAUACACCCGAAAUUCUCAAGCAAUUAGUUGAACAAGGAUUUGAAGUUGGAGUGGCUUCAAGAACUUCAGAAAUUAAAGGAGCUAAUCAAUUGUUGAAUUUGUUUGGAUGGGAAAAGUAUAUUAAGUAUAAGGAAAUUUAUCCAGGAACUAAAACGACACACUUCUCAAGAAUCAAGAAUGAAUCUGGCGUUGAAUACAAGGACAUGAUAUUCUUUGAUGAUGAACAAAGAAAUAUCAGUGACUUAGUUAAAAUAGGAGUACUUUCAAUAUUGGUAAGAGAUGGAGUUUCUCAUAAGGUUGUUCAGGAUGGCCUUACAGAGUUUGCAAGCAGGAAAGGAUAAUUUAUGAUUUAAGUAAAAUUGUAAUUUGAGCGUAAUAGAGAAAAAAUAUUCUAUUUACAUAAAUAUAUAUGUAUAUAUGUG